AUGACUACCCGUGCAGCGAUCUUAUUGUUGUUAGGAACAUCUGUGGUUUACGCAAAAAGCAAGCAAGACAGAAGAGUUAUAGAAUUCCCUGGCAAGGAGCAAUGGGCGCAAGAGUAUCUGGACCUGUGCGACAAGACUACCUACGCAGAACUUGACACAGAAGGAAGCGAAGACGAUGUCUUCGGUUGCACAACUUAUCUGUGGAAUUACGAACUGGUCAAAGUUGAACUAUUACAAGUUUUUCCUCCUAUAAUCGUCUAUCGAGGUUUUGCCCCCCGGAAAUACUUGAGGGAUUUCCUCAGCGACGUCAGAAGUGCUAAGGCGAAGAGUCCCGACAUCAAUGUCGACGAAGAGUCCCAACUUCAAGCUACUGAAAUAGAGCUGAAACACCGGGAGAAGGCGGGAGUGGCGAGGCUUUUCAACAGGCUCAAACGUUUCAUUCCCUUCGUCAACUUCGACUCCAGUGAUCCUUGGCAGGUCCUCAUCUUCAAAAAUAACCAGCAUCGCGCUCCUCGUCACGAUUACCUCGCGUCUGAAGAAGAACGCGCAGAGGACCGGCUGUUGGACAAACUAGGGAACCGCUUCGCAACGUUCUUGGUUGCUCUGAAAACCGCUCAGUUGGGAGGAGGAACAGUUUUCCCACUAAUUGAGCAAAAUUACAAGCUGCAGGCAGGAGAUGUGCUGAUGUGGACAAAUAUGGAUACAUCAAAAGCAAAGGAAAUAGGCUCAGAUUAUGGUGACUGCCCAGUUAAGAAGGGAGAAAAAGUUGUAGCGACACUUCGCCUCCGCGAACACGGACAAUACCUGCUCAAAUCUGUACUUCCCGGCGGAUUCUAUGACUUUGAAAUGCUCUUUCAGCCUAAUCUGACCAAUCUUGAGAGGAACCCUACGAACUUGCUUGACAAUUUCCUUGACGAAAGUGAUUAUGAUUAUUAUCCAGCGAAUUAUUAG